AUGACACCCUUCGACCUACCAGUUCCUACGACAGUGUUGCGUUCAGAAGCCAGUAUUCGCCCCCAGAAACGGCAGCGUGUCGAAGCAGCAGUAGACGGCUCCAGUAGUGCCGCCGGCGGAGGUCGUAAGAGCACGACAACAUCGCCGCAGAGCACGAGUGCCAUGACGACCGCGGCGGGAGUAGCUGGAGGGGGGUCAACGACAACGCCCGUGAGGAAGAGGGCGCCAACAGCGUGUGAUAGCUGCAGGAGCAGGAAAACGAAAUGUGAUAAUGUGAAGCCGGCGUGUGGGAGUUGCGUUAGGACUGGAAUUGAGUGUUAUUAUUCUGGGUUAGAGGAGAAGGAGUUGAGCUUGUAUGAAUCCACGAGCUUGAGGAUUCUGGAGGGGAUUGAAAGACUGGAGAAACUUAUGAAGAAUCCACCCGCUCAUCAACCCCCUCAUCCCCCAGCACCACGCUCUAUCGUGCCCUCUCCGCUUCUCAGCACCGCCACCGCACACUCCACACCCGCUCAUGUUGUUGACCGCGAGGAUCAGGUCAUUAUCGAUGAAUUCACAUCCAGCACGACCCCAACUGUAGCAGGAUCCGGUCUUCUUCCAGCCACAGAACUCCGCGUCCCCUCCCGUCUCGAUUCUGUCCUCGCCUGGUCAGUCUUUCCGCGCGACCACCCGCAAUUAACUAUUCCCGCCUCCACACACACCGCCAUUCCCCCUCCAACUGCAUCCCCAGCACCACCGCAAACGACCCAGCGCCUUCAUGACAUCUACGUCAUGCGCGUGCGACCCAGCCAUCCUAUCAGUGACCUGGCCGUCCUGGAGCGCGCAAUGCUUUCUGUCGCCAAAUCUGGCUUCUUAUGGGAUCUUGACUCCUGCCUCAUUGCACUAACAUGCGCGCUCGGCGCUAUAUCCGAAAACUAUGCCGACUAUGUUCUCUUCGACCCGCCACGCAAUUCAUCGGGGGAAACAGAGCUCGCGCGGCACUAUUGGAGUAUGGCGCAGCAGCGCUUAGGACUCGCCAUGAGCGAGGAUAGUGAGCUUGCUGUACAGUGCCUAUGUCUAUCCGGGUUCUGGUAUCUGUACAAUCUUGAGCCAAUCUCCGCAUAUAAGGCUUUCCACACGGCCUGUGUUACCUGGCAAACGCUCCACAAUGUAACAACGGGCUCAGGCCCCUCGAAUUCCUGUGAUGCCACUGGAAUGACCUAUGAGCAGUACCUCAAACAGCGACUUUACUGGACCUGUCUCAAGGCCGAAUGCGAGCUCCGUGCUGCCCUUUCUCUCCCAGUUCCUACAGGCUCGCAGAUGGAGUACCCGCUUCACUUCCCGGCACCACCAACAAGCUUUGAGCCGCAGCACUACACAGAUGUCGAGAACCAGUCAUGGUACUACUACACGGCUGAGAUAUUUCUUCGAAGACUGCACAACCGGAUUGUGCACGAGGUCUCAUCGUUUGAGUGUGACCUGGACAACCCCGCCACCGUAUCAAAGGCAUUAAACCAGCAGCGCCUUGCAAGUCUGGUCACAAUUACACGGGAGUUCGAGGCAUAUGUAUCUCGCUGGCAGAGCAGCCUCCCACCGAGUGUACAUUUUCCGAAUCCUUUCCCGCCGGUCGAUAUUACCCCACUGGAAGACGAGUUUCAACAACACCUGCGCAAGCGGUUCAUAGAGUGCCAUGAGUUGCUUUACAGGCCUUAUAUCAACUUAGCUUUAAACCAUCUGCCGUGGCUAGAUUCACUGUCUGACAGUCAUCUGCAGUGGGAGGUGUCGCAUUUCAGUUCGUUAGCACUGAGCUAUGCAGUCUAUAACCUAAGUACGGAUCGAGGCGCAAUGUGGUACCGUAACCCUGGCGUGUGGUUUGACUGCAGAGCAAGGCUAUGCGAUACCCUGAUACUGAGGGCAGCAGCAGGAAAUGGAUUUCAAAUGCAAAUGGGGUGGGAGGAAGUUGUGGAGAAGGCGGAACGGGCGUUAGAGUUUUGGGCAGGUGUAGCGGGUAAAAGUGGGCUGGGGAGUGCGUGGGAGGUUUGUAGGUGGUCGAGGGGGAUUUGGGCAAUAGGAUCAUGA